AUGAACAACGUCUCAUCCUUCGCCGCAUUUCUUUCAAAUACACCCACCAUCCAGUCAGUGUGUAAGCCUUGCCUACGGGCCCCUUGAAGGAUGAACAAUGUGCCCACACUUGACUACGAGUUGCUGCUGUCCCCGGCCAGCUCCUCCCUCCCCGGCAGUCCUGGCGGUGCUAGCAUCAGCCCCCCUCUGUUCAUUGCCGUGGAAAAUGAGCAGCGCACCGCCUUUGCCUUUGUAGGCCUCCUCAUGCUCUUCCUGGUCUUCCUGCUGGUCAGGUGCUUCAGGAUCCUGCUGGACCCCUAUAGCCGCAUGCCUGCAUCAUCCUGGACUGACCACAAGGAGGGGCUGGAGAGGGGCCAGUUUGAUUAUGCACUGGUGUAG